UGAGCUGAGUGUACGGAAGUAACGGUCAGUGGUAACAGGUGACCGCGGCUCACAUAAAGGAACAUUUUACCACUAAAGCCGUACACUUCAGCAAACUCGUUUCCUACAUUACCUGUGCUGCAAUUUAAAGUACACAUACACUGUGAUUCACUUAUGUUUGCACUAUUUUUUUUAUAAACAAUAUAUGUAAUUUGCCAACAAGGACGUCGGGAAGAUGCAGAGAGAAAUGUGUGAAGAGAAAGACGAACGUUUCUCAGGACCAUUGCUAGAUGGUAAAGAUGAGGGGAAUCAGACACGGAAACUGGAUGAGGAUGCGAUCGCGGGUGCUGAUGUGGCCCGUGCGAGGUGGACCUUACUGCGACAGGUUUUGCAUCAGAAGCAGGUGGACAGUCCAGGGGUCAAGCAGGUAUCUGUCCGAAGAUUUGCAACCUUUGACCUUUUCACCAGGUCAAGAGUCGUGCCCUCUUGCCCUUCAGAUGACCAGUGGGUGCAGUACCGAAGUGUCUCUCUACCAGAGUAUAGUGCCUUGCUCAGAGAUAACCUGGGACCCCUCAGAGUAAACGAAGUGCUCAAUAGUUUCGACAACACCGGCAAUGUCUGUGUGUGGCCGUCCGAAGAAGUGAUGGCUCAUUACUGUGUGAAGAAACGUAAAAUGUUCAAGGGAACUGUGUGUGAGUUAGGAGGAGGGAUGACCUGUCUAGCUGGGCUCAUGGUUGCCAUUUGUGCUGACGUGAAGGAAGUUCUGCUAUCAGAUGGGAACGAGAAGGCAAUUCAGAAUGUUCGACAGGUGAUCGAGAGGAACCUAGAAGCCGGCGUGUUCGGCUCCACACACGUGUCUAGCAGGGUGGUGAGGUGGGACAGUGAGGCAGACGUGUCGUCGCUGGAAGGACAUUUUGACAUCAUCAUGUGUGCAGACUGUUUGUUCCUGGACCAGUACAGGGCCAGCCUGGUUGAUGCCAUAAGAAGAUUACUGCGACCCAAUGGCAUGGCGUUGGUGUUUGCCCCGCGGCGCAGGGAUACGCUGGGUGUCUUCUGCCGGCUGGCCCAGGAGGCGGGCCUCUCGGUCUCUCAGCACCAGCAGUACGACUCUCAGGUCUGGGAUGUCCAUCUCAAGAUGCAGGGAGAAGGAAAGGACGCAUACGAUGACAACAUCCACUACCCCAUCCUGCUCACCCUGACACGGGGGCCUCUGCCCCCCCCCCUCGGCCACACUCAGUAAAGCAGACUUUGCUUGGGCUCCAGCCGACACCCCUCCAGAGACCCUCAGUGCAGCCUUCGUGUGCUUGUUGUUCCAUGUUGAGCGAGGUGUAUGGAGUAUAUUUCAGGAAAUGGAAAAUAAUCCAAUGGAUUCCUCAGCAAUGCAGUCCCACAGUAUUAGAAGCAAAAUGUAUACAUUUUAUACCCAGGUUUUGCACCAUAUUGCCACAGUGGGAAAUAGAAAGGGUGAAUCAAUUUACAAAUAUAUAAUGUGUGAGAUGGUGUGUGUGUGUGUGUAGGCUAUUUUAGUACUCCUGUGUGUCGGAGUUGAACAAGCUGGUUGUUUUGACAGGUGAUGGCCAGUGUCCCAGAAUCAUUGGCCCUUCCCAAUCCAGCCUUAGAGCUCUAGGCAUUCAGCUUGAGCACUCGAUUUACCCUGCUUUAGUCAGCUAGCCUGAGAGCUCUAUUCACCCAGCCUGAGAGCUCUAUUCACCCAGCCUGAGAGCUCUAUUCACCCAGCCUGAGAGCUCUAGUCACCCAGCCUGAGAGCUCUAAUUAACCAGCCUGAAAACUCUCAUCCUCGAGCCGGAGAGCUCUAGUUAUCCCGCUUGAGAACUUCAGUUAUCUCUGCUCUAGUCACGCAGCCUGAGAGCUCUAGUCCUCUAGCCUGAGAGCUCUAGUCCUCCAGCCUGAGAGCUCUAGUCCUCCAGCCUGAGAGCUCUAGUCAACCAGCCUGAGAGCUUUAGUCCUCCAGCCUGAGAGCUCUAGUCCUCCAGCCUGAGAGCACUAGUCCUCUAGCCUGAGAGCUCUGGUCCUCCAGCCUGAGAGCUCUCGUCACCCAGCCUGAGAGCUCUCGUCACCCAGCCUGAGAGCUCUAUUCACCCAGCCUGAAAGCUCUAUUCACCCAGCCUGAGAGCUCUAUUCACCCAGCCUGGGAGCUCUAGUCAACCAGCCUGAGAGCUCUAGUCCUCCAGCCUGAGCGCUCUAGUCAACCAUCCUCAGAGCCAGUCAGCACCGCCCUAGUCAGCCAGCGACAGUCCACAGUCCCUGUUCUAGUCACUCAGCCUGAGACCCAGUCAUUCAGUCAGGUGGCAAUCAGUCAGUCACCCCAGACAGCAAAGUCAAUUCCAUUGCAAGACACUCUAUUACCUGCUCAUUGAGGCAGUUAGCCAGGCCAUCUGUCAGCCUGGCUGACAGUCCGGAGCAGGGCUGUAGUCAGUGUUUACCCUGUGCCACUGUGCUCUCCACAGGCCAACUACACACGCUAACGCGAUGCUGAGGGCCCAUUUGCUUUCUUUUCCCUUACACUCUUCCCUUGCCACUUUCCCUACCCCCUGUUUUUAUUCUAUAUUUGGCCAUUCUCCUCGUUUAGUCAUAGGUCAGUAAUAUAAACGCUCUUUAAUUUCAACAGAGCAGUAGAUUAGAUUAGUGUGUUGUGUGUGUGUUUGCGUGCGUGUGUGUGUGUACGUACCAGUGUGUGUAAGAGUGACAGGAGCAGACACAAAAUGCACAAAGUGUAAUGGCAGUAUAUAAAUGUGAUGACAGGGACCCUCAUACUGUGUGGACAUGAAACAGAACGCUAAACCUGUACACACUCUGGAGCGUGUUGUCGCUCACAUCAUUCCUGUUCACAGCAGUCCUCUGCUCUGACUGACUCAUUGGACUUCAGUAUUCUCUCCGUGUUUCUGAACUGGGUUCAUUUGUAAGCCUCACAGCCAGUAUAGUACCUCACAUGGCAUGAAGCACACUUUAUUCAUACUUAAUCAAAUACAUUAUAUCUUAUCAAAAGAGUUCUUCAUUAAAAAGUAAAACUUGUUCUAGCCACAGAGCAAUUGUUUCUCAGUUGCUGAUUUCAGCGACAGACAACAAACAAACACAAGACAGGAAGACUAAUGGGUAGUACACAGAUUAAGCAGAACCAACAUCGCAGUAUUCUUCUGGCCUUAACCCAAACCAAAGCUCCAUUGCCUUAAUUUAAGCAUUUAUCUGCAAAUGUUAUUGUUUCAUAACACCAAGUAUAGCACCAACUGAUCCAUGAAUGGGUGCCUUCACACAGCAGGGUCUAGCACCAACCCAUCGGGUAUGGCUGCCUUCACACAACGGGAAGCCGCUGCUUGUAGGAGCCAUGGCAUCUCUAUCUUUGUUGGCUAUCAACUGACGCACUAAUGCUGUGAUGGUGAGCUCUCUGCUUAAUUAUUCACAUGACAGGCAUCGAUACAACGUUAAGGAUUUAUUGUGGUUCUGUCUAGAUCAAGUGCUACCCUCAGAUGGUAUUAAUCAGACAGCUCUUCAGGGUCAUUAGUUGGUUUGGACAUGGGAUGGAAUGCUUUGCAGUGUUAAAUAUACAAAUUUAAGCUUUAUGAACAAAAUACAUGUUUAUUUUGUACAGCCCUUUAAAAAGGUUCAUGUUCCACAUCUGUCUGUACAUGACAGAUUGACUGAAUGGACACCUUUCAUGUCUAUGAAAUAAUAUUAAUCAUAGAAAGCCAUGACCAUUGAGACUGUGCUGUGAUGUCGUUCUCGUCUUUAGUGACAUCAUAACCAAUCAAGUGACUGGGAUCCCAGUUAUUCUCAGCAUCUCGACUGUUUGCUAUUGACCCUCGUCAUAAUUAUGACCUUUCACAAUCUUCAGUUUGGUCAAUUCGAUUAUAUUGUGGAAAACGUAUGUACCCUGGUAAGUGGGUGGGAAAAGGCAACAAUGGAGACAUUUUCUUCCUCCCAUCACUGCUGUGUGUUUCAGUGACAUCACUGCUGUGUGUUUCAGUGAAAUCACUGCUGUGUGUUUCAGUGACAUCACUGUUGUGUGCUACAGUGACAUCACUGCUGUGCGUUUCACUGACAUCACUGCUGUUUGUUACAGGGACAUCACUGAUGUGUGUUUCAGUGACAUCACUGUUAUUUUGAUACAGAGACAUCACUGUCGUGUGUUUAACUGUAAUCAGCCCUAUCUACACCAUUUCCCUUGGCAGCUAAGCACUGUUUCACCAGACUUUGAAUACUGCUGUGACCACAAGGAGUUUAUUUGAACAUAUCAGUUGUAUCCACUUCUGCUGUGAACACAAGGUAUUUCUUUACAGCGCCCUAAAAAGUUAAAAGAGGCAACCCUUGAACACUUUCGUGUAUAAUUGAUUCCUAGAUAUGUCUUGUAUCUCAAACUAUCCUUUCAUUGUUAAAACAAAUGAAACAAGUAUUUUCUCAAGGGGGUCAAGUGUCAAUUUGUGUUGAAUAUGAGUUGAAUUUGAUGAAUAAAAUAGCUUUAUGUUAAA